AAGCUGGUCUGUGUACAUGUCCAAGAGUGUUUAUAAAGAACCCCGUGCUUGGCUUUUAACGUUGGGUACUUUUAUUUUUGUUGUAUUAUGGUGUGACUUGGGAAUAGAAAAGGAGAAAGAGGAGAUAAGAGAAGAAAUAACAUUCUUAGAGAAGAAGAUUUCAAAAAUAAAGAAACAGAGCAACGUUGGAGAAAGUCACGCAGGUUUACCUUCCGCUUUGGACAACUAGAGAAGUUUUUGUAUAGGAACGCAUAUUUCCCUCGUGAUCCUGUGGAAAUUUUCAAAGUCUGGAAAGCAACUGUUUAUUUGUAAAACAGUUCCUUGUCUGUUUGUUCCAAAAGUCACACGGCACCGCCAUUAUAGACUUUUAUCGUAUUACAAGAGCUUCUUUGGUAAAACAGACUGAAUCAAAAUUGGCGAGCAAGUGAAGGUUUUGGAGGCAUAAAGAAGUGAAGUCAAGUUGGUCUUCUUAUAUAAACUAGUACUCUUUUUACAAACGAAACACCCCUUGAGGUUCUUCAGAGUGGAACAGAAUAUUCCAAGAACACUACAUCACUGGGCAAAUACACGACACUUAAGCUGACCCAUAACUAAACUUGCUGAAUAAAAAGUACUGAAAAUAGGUUAUAUUGUGCUACCACAAUAAAAUUCAUGUGGCAACUGUUAAUAACUUUUUGGUUGGGAUUGAAUUCUACGGCGCCACUUUCAAGACGCGCAUUUUUUAUUCUACCACAUGAAAUGCUCUCGUCAA